CAACUCCAACACACACAAGAACAUUUCUCUCACCGGAGCAGUUAACAACUUGGCUUUUAUAUUUCUCUCUAUGUUUUAUUUACGAACCCUAAAGUCCAAAACCCUUACUUAGCUGCCAAGUGUCACUGGCCCAUUUCCUCGAAGACUCCUUCCUUUCGUCUGCCUCUCCAAUGGAACCUAACUGAUCUGUACCUGAAAUCAUUUUCAUUAACCACAAAGGCACGAACCACUCUGUUUCAUUCUUUGCAGGAACACCCUUUCAUUCCUUCUUGUUCAUUACACGAGACUCUACCAUGUUCAGGAUCCUUAACAAACGCCUCAGGCGCUUCUGCUCUCGUCUCCGGUGGCCCAUUCGCCGCAGGUCCAGGUCCAAAAUCCUUAUCAGGAGAUUUGGAAAAGCUAACCCCAACACUCAUAAUGAGGCCAUUAAUGGUUCUGCCGCUGUUCAUCCAAAUGGCCAACUGGAUUAUCUGAAAACCGAGGUCAAGCCUAUAAAGAUAGCAACUUUCAAUGCUGCCUUGUUUUCAAUGGCUCCUGCUGUACCUAAAACACGAGACUUUGAGAAUGAAGAUCACCAAAAUGGUACGAGGUCUACAGAUGUUAUUUUGCGUACCAAGUCCGUAAAUGAUCAGCCAAAGAGCAUACUAAAGCAGUCUCCCCUGCAUCCCAACUCCAUGAAUGUUGAUGAUAGUCUUUCCAUGCAGCAAAAGUUUGCUAAAUCGAAAUUAAGGGUAUCCAUCAAUUUGCCAGAUAAUGAAAUUUCAUUACUGAGAAAUAGGCAAUUGGGGUUUGUGGAAGACAAGGAGACUACUAUAGGUAGCAAUCUGACUAGAAUUCUCAGAGGGAAGGCCCCUAUGAGAUCUCAGAGUGCGAUUUCUGCAAGAAAUGUAGGAAAUAGAGUGGAUGGAGACAGCUAUAGGAGUACAAGAACGGUGGUUGAAGUGUUGAAAGAAUUGGAUGCUGAUAUAUUAGCUCUGCAAGAUGUGAAAGCAGAGGAGGAGAAAGCAAUGAAGCCUCUUUCGGAUUUGGCCGCCGCUUUGGGGAUGAAUUAUGUUUUCGCAGAAAGCUGGGCUCCUGAGUAUGGCAAUGCUAUUUUGUCCAAGUGGCCAAUUAAGAGAUGGAAAGUGCAGAAGAUUUUUGACGAUACUGAUUUCAGGAAUGUUCUUAAGGCCACAAUCGAUGUGCCCCAGAAAGGAGAGGCUAACUUCUACUGCACCCUUCUUGAUCACCUUGAUGAGAACUGGCGGAUGAAGCAAAUAAAUGCCAUAAUACAGUCUAAUGAUGGCCCCCAUAUCUUAGCUGGAGGUCUGAAUUCCCUGGAUGAGACGGAUUACUCAGCAGAGAGGUGGACGGAUAUUGUGAAGUACUAUGAGGAGAUGGGAAAGCCAACACCAAAGUUUGAGGUGAUGAGAUAUUUGAAGAGUAAGCAUUACACAGAUGCUAAGGAGUUUGCAGGAGAAUGCGAGCCAGUGGUUAUGAUAGCUAAAGGGCAAAAUGUGCAAGGGACCUGCAAGUAUGGGACUCGAGUGGAUUACAUAUUAGCUUCCUCAAAUUCACCAUACAAGUUUGUUCCAGGGUCGUACUCGGUGUUGUCUUCAAAAGGAACCUCUGACCAUCACAUUGUUAAAGUUGAUAUGAUAAAAGUGAGUAAAAGUGAUGAAGAAAAUGUCUCUAGAAAGAGACGCCAACCUAAACACAAAGUUGUAAAGAUAACAAAUUCUUCUCCUUCUAAAGGUGUAUGGAAAGCACAAACAUGAGAGUAGAGUGAUAAAUUUUAGUCUUGUUUUGGUUUCUUUGAGGAAGCAGAGGAUUUUGAAACUGCUUCAACCUCAUUUUUGCUUUUGUAAAUCGCCGAAGGGAGUUGGGACUUUAGCUAGUAGGUUGAAACAAAAGGAAAAGGAUGGGGUUUGGUGUAUGUGUGACACUAGAUCAUUAUCUGUAUAGGUUGUAGUGGGAAAUUUGAGAAGAUGGGAACAAGUCAAGUGGUGCUUCAAUUUUCUUUAUGUGAUUCCUGAGUUGGCAUCAGAAUAUAACAGCAACAGGAGCUGUAGAAACCUAAAAGAAAGAAAGAAAGAAAGAAUAUCUCAGUGCUUGUGCUUUGUCAACCUGUUUGUUGUAUCCCAAUAAAGACUUGUACAAAUAAUGAUUGAAUCUUUCCAGCUGGUUUAGAA